CGUACCGUCAGCUGCCGAUUGAGUUGAUCAUGAGCUUAGUGCGUGAAAAUCUAAAAUAGAUUUGUAUUAUUUUUUAAAUCGUGACGUAAGAAAGGCAACAGAACUUAACACAAACCCCCAAGUUAAACAUUACACUAUUUUGUUCUAGAGGAAAACAGUGUAGUGACGAAAAAACACUGUAAUGUUCAAAUUUUUGUCCAAUUCCUUGAUAACGCAGGCCAGCUGUCAAGAGGGGGCUGGUUAUUUAAAACGGGCCGACACCGACCGCCUUUAUGAGAUUUUCCUCAAGUAUGCGACUUUAGAGAAAAAUGGCGAAAAACAUAUCAGUUCCGAAGAUUUCGUCCGCAAGUUCCUCGGAUUGUUUGGUGAAGAUGACUACAACAAGGAAUCGGUGCAACUCAUCGCGGGUAUUGUCGACAUGGACAAAGAUGGCUACAUAUCCUUCUCCGAGUUCCAGGCGUUUGAGGGACUGCUUUGUGUCCCGGACGCGCUGUACAAAACUGCCUUCCAGCUCUUCGACACGAACGGCAAUGGGCUCGUAGCUUUUGACGAGUUUGCUGAGGUCAUGCAGAAAACGGCACUAAACAAAAAGUUGCCGUUUAAUAUGGAAAGCACAUUUGUGCGGCUAUAUUUCGGAAAGGACAAGAAACGGUUAGUCACAUACCCGGAGUUCAGUCAGUUCCUCCACGACUUCCACGAGGAGUAUGGCGUGGAAGCGUUCAAGAAAUGCGAUAAAGAUGGCAGCGGUUUUAUCACUGCGGCCGACUUCCGGGACAUCAUGCUGAGUAUCAAGAACCACCUUCUCACCAAGGAGUUGAAGACCAAAGUUAUUAUGGCUUCAGGGUUCCCUCAAGGCGAGCGAAAAAUCAGUUUCCCAUACUACAUGGCGUUCACUUCACUCCUCAACAACAUGGAGCUGAUCAAGCGAGUGUACCUCAACGCGACCAACGGGCAUCGGACGCAAGAGGUCACGAAGGAGGAGUUCUUGCACUCCGCGCAAAUGAUGAGUCAGGUCACACCGCUGGAAGUGGACAUACUGUUCACGCUGUGCGACAUGAUCCAUCAAACGAACGGUCGAAUUAUAUACAACGAUCUCAACUCGAUAACACCCGAACAGUACUUCAAACACGUUACACGAAGAGUCGCUGAGAUUAAGGCAGUUUCGAGCCCUGAAGAGAGAGGUGUUUUCAUUCAAAUCCUCGAGAGCACAUAUAGGUUCACCCUUGGUUCUAUAGCUGGUGCUGUGGGAGCAUCGGCGGUGUACCCGAUAGAUCUGGUGAAGACUCGAAUGCAAAAUCAGAGAACUGGCUCCUUUAUCGGUGAAGUGGCGUAUCGGAACUCAUGGGACUGCUUCAAGAAGGUCAUCCGGCACGAAGGCAUGUUCGGUCUUUACAGAGGACUGGUCCCACAAUUGAUCGGUGUAGCGCCAGAGAAAGCCAUCAAGUUGACUAUGAACGAUUUAGUUCGCGAUAAGUUUAUGGACAAGAAUGGAAAUAUUGCCCUGCACGCAGAAAUUAUUGCUGGCGCAUGUGCUGGCGCAUCUCAAGUAGUAUUCACAAAUCCCCUAGAAAUAGUGAAAAUCCGACUACAAGUGGCGGGCGAAAUCGCGGCCGCUAGCAAGGUUCGCGCCUGGUCGGUAGUCAAGGACUUAGGACUUUUCGGCCUAUACAAAGGCGCGAGGGCCUGCCUAUUGAGAGAUGUACCAUUCAGCGCUAUUUAUUUCCCUGCGUAUGCUCAUGUUAAGGCGAAGUUCGCGGACGAAAAUGGAUAUAAUCACCCGUUGACACUGUUAGCUGCUGGAGCUAUCGCCGGCGUCCCGGCGGCUUCAUUAGUCACACCCGCUGACGUCAUCAAAACUAGGCUACAAGUAGUGGCCCGAUCCGGACAAACGACUUAUAACGGAGUAAUAGACGCGACGAGAAAGAUCUACGCGGAGGAAGGUGCCAGAGCAUUCUGGAAGGGUGCUAUAGCCCGUGUGUUCCGUUCGUCGCCACAGUUCGCCGUUACUCUUGUUACAUACGAAAUCCUACAGCGUCUAUUCUACGUCGAUUUUGGAGGAUCUCGACCCGCGGGUUCGGAACAAACAAUAUCAACACCCAUAGAAGAGGCGGUCAGAAAACCUCACCACAUCGGCGGGUACCAGGUCGCCAUGCCGGUGCUCACCGGCCUGGAGACCAAGUUUGGCAUAUCACUGCCAAGGUUCUCCUUCGCCAAGCCGCAAAACCCACAGAAUUAGUUGAAUUGUGAAU